AUGUUUGAUGUAACAAAAUGUCGUUUGUGUGCAAACGUAAAACCAUUAAUUGAUUUAAUUGAUAUAAAAACUCCAACUGAUUUGAAUCCAAGCUUAGAAUAUAAAAUUUAUUAUUGUUUUCAAAUACAAGUUGUCGAAGAUGAUAAAUUACCUUCAACUGUGUGUUCGAAAUGCUAUCAGAAAGUUGAUAUUACAUAUGAAUUUACUGAGCAAGUACAUAAAGCUCAAGAUUUAUUACAUAGAUCACUGGGUACCCAAAUAUUAACACCUGACGGUGAUAAUAUGAUUGACAAUUUAAAAUUGGAAUAUUAUGAUGAUAAUGAUAAUAAUGAAAAUGAAAAUGAACCUACUUUCAAUAUUCCUGAAGUUGAUGACUGCGAUUUCAUAGAUGUUAAAAAUGAAAGUCAAAAUAAUGAUGAUUCACUUGAAGAAACUUCAAAAGUAACUAAAAGAAAAACACGAUCACAGGUUAAUCCAAAGUCCAAAUUAUUUAUAGGAAAUUUCAAAGAGGAUGACGAUACAGAUGAAGAAACUUUAAAAAAUACUAAAAGAAAAACACGAACACAGAUUAACACGGCUCGCAGAAAACGCUUAGGAAGUGAAGCAGUUAAAAAAGAAGAUCGCAGAGCACUUCUGAUUUUAAGAGAAUGGAAAGAUUAUAAAUGGAAAUGCAGUGAUUGUACAGAAGAAUUUUUAUCAGUAAAAGAAUUACGAGUACAUUAUAAAGACGUUCAUAAAAAGUCACCCGUUUAUAAAUGUUUAGAAUGUUUGAAAGUUCUAGAUAAAUAUGAUGGAUUUCAAAAACAUGUUAGAAAUCAUCGAAAUCAACAUAAAUUUUGCUGUGAAAUAUGUGGAAAAUUCUCUUAUAACAAAGAACAUCACGAACGGCAUAAAGAAACACAUUCAAAUGAACGAAAAUAUAUGUGUUCGACAUGUGGCAAUUCCUUCAAAACUCCUGGUUCCCUAAAAAUUCAUGAACGAUUGCAUUUACCACCUGAAUUAAGGGAACAAUAUGAGUGUGAUACUUGCCAUAAGAAAUUGGCAUCUCAAGCUAGUUUAUGGUCACAUAAAAAAUUACAUACUGGUAUUAAAGAACAUACGUGUGAUGUUUGUGGUAAAAUAUUUGCACAAAAAACUAAUUUAAUACAACAUGCUUCGUUACACGAAGAAGGAAUGCCAUUUCAAUGUAAUUUAUGUCCUCGGAGUUUUAAAACUGCAAGACGAUUAAAAAGACAUAAUAUUGUUCAUACAAAUGUUAAACCACAUAAAUGUGAUGUUUGUGGUAAAACGUUUCGUGCAAAACAAACGUUAAACGAUCAUAAAGCAAUUCAUUCGGAUUAUUUUCCAUAUGAAUGUGAACAUUGUAAAAAAGGUUUUAAAUUAAAGCAAUUACUAAAGGUUCAUUUACGACAACAUACAGGCGAAAGACCAUAUGGAUGCGUAGAUUGUAAUCAUCGUUUUGCAAAUUGGUCUAAUUAUAACAAACAUAUGAAAAGUCGACAUGGUAUGAAUAUGAAAUCACCUGUAACACAGUUAAUUCAUGAUCAACAACAGCAAAUGAGUAAAUAAAAUGAGACAAAGCUGUCUGAGACAGUAUUUUUAUCUGAGACAGUACUUUAAGUACAUAUUAUCAUCCAUUAUUAUACUUGAGUUGAAAUUUCUGGAUUAAAUCCAAAACUAUGAACGGUUCAUCCGAAUUAUGUGAUGAAUCAUUAGAAUAUUGUGAUAUAUAUAUAAUUAUUAUACAAAACCAUUCUUGUA